AAAAGAAGAAUAAGUAGACAUUUUUGCAACUGCCAAUGAGGGUGGCAAAACAGAAGGAGACAAGGUCAAAUUACAUCAACAAGGUCCAAUAGAUCCAAGAAGAUUUGAUGAAGUAUAAAGAGAUUUUGAAGCUGUUUGGAAGAAGAAGAAGACAAGGUGAAGAAUCAAUUUUUUAUCGGUCUACAUCUCCUUGAAGAAUUUACAAUUCCAAAAAAAAAAAACAAGGGUCUGACUCUAUAUUCUUGCUUAUUUUAAUAUUUUACUAUUUAAGUAUUAUCAGUUGUAAUAUCAUCAUAGAGUGUGUUAUAAACUCUGUGAUGAUCAUAUAAUAUUUAGUGCUUUCUUCUUAUUAUUUUUUACAUGCAUGUUAGUUAGUAGAGAUUUUUUACGCCUCAAUAGGAUUAGUAAGGUAAGACCUAGCUCAUUUGCUUGUACUUGUCCCUUGCAUAUAAUUAAAAAACUAGCCCUAGGCACCUCGCCUGGUGGAAAAAAGAAAAAAAAAAGUAGACAUUUUUGCUGAUUUGACAUAUCUAUUUAGACUUUCCAGCGUCAAUAGAUGUUUUUUUUGGACAUUUUGAUGAUAAAUAGGACUUUAAAAUUGUACAAAUUUCUCAAACUCAAAUUACAUUCAAUCACUCUCUGUUCUGUUACCAUUGCCAACUUUUCAGACAAAUAGAUCUGUAGCCUGCAAAAAAACCAUGGAGAAAAAGAUAGAGAUAAUAUCAAAACAGUUGAUUAAGCCAUCAGUUUGUCAUGUUGAAUCCUUCAAUUUGUCUGCUCUAGAUCAACUAGCCUCUCCUACUCAUUAUCCAAUUUUUUUAUACUAUCCACAUGAUCAAGAAUCAACCAAUUUAUCAACUAGAUCCCUACAACUAAAAAGUUCCUUGUCCAAAAUUCUUGCUGAUUUUUAUCCCUUUGCUGGUAGAUUAAUCAAUGACAACACUUCAAUCAGUUACAAUAAUUCUAAAGAUGAUGAUUUUGGAGUGUUGUUUAUUGAAGCUUUUACACAUAACUACAACCUCCAAGAAAUUCUUCUUUCAGGGAGCAAAACAAACACCUUAGAGCAAUUUGUCCCACCAAUGGAUUCGCUAUUGAAAACUCAUUUGCUGGUUGUUCAAGUCACAGUCUUCGAGUGUGGAGGCAUGAUCCUAGGUUGUUUGGUUUCUCACAAGCUAUCUGAUGCUAGCUCUAUUUGCACUUUCAUCAAUAAUUGGGCAGCCGCGGCUCGAGGUGCUAAUAAUUCGAAUUCUUUGACCCCUGAUUUUACAUCAGUGGUCAAAGUCUUCCCACCAACUAAACAACCGUCGCCAUUGCCAUUUGCGAAUCCUGUUGGUGGUGGUGAAGAGAAGCAAAUCAUUACGAAGAUUUUCUCGUUUGAUGGGCCUAGCAUAGCGGAUCUCAAGUCUAAGGCUCUGAGUAAGGAUGUACCGGGUCCCACAAGUGUUGAAGCAGUGUCGGCUCUGAUAUGGAAGUGUGCGACCGUCUCAUCUAAAAGCAGUACUGGUAUGUCUACCUUAUCCCUCGUAGUGAACCUCAGGAAAAGGCUUGUACCUUCAUUGCCCGGUGGGACCAUUGGAAACUUACUUGCCUUUUCUGUGGCUACUAAAAGUAAUGAGAGAGACAAAAAUGACUUAUCAAAUCUUGUGACCAUCUUGAGAAAAGGUUUAUUAGAGUUCCCUAGUUUAAAUUGGGAUGUGGCUUUGGACCACAUAGUUGAGAAUUGGAACAAGUUAGAUCUUAUAUCAAGAAACAAUGACACAGAGUUUUAUAGUUUUUCUAGUUGGUGUGGUGUACCAUUUUAUGAAGCAGAUUUUGGAUGGGGGAAGCCAAAAUGGAUAAGCACUAUGUUUCAAUACAAGAAUUUAAUUGUUCUCAUGGAUGCAAAAGAUGGUGGGAUAGAAGCCUGGGUUUGUUUAGAGGUAAAACAUAUGUCAGAGUUUGAGCAAAACCCAAAUUUACUAGCUUUUGCAACCACCAAAUAAGCAAUUACGAGUUAAUUUUCACAAGUCUCUUGUCCGAGCAAUAAGAAUGGAGAAUUUCCUGGUAGGGACUCUUCCCUCUGUAUGGCCAUAUGCGGCGCAAAUCUGGACUUGCGGGGCAGUGAGUUCUGGAUACCAUAUAUUUAAGGUUCUUCGUCUGUUUAUAUUUUCCCAUUUCCUGCGGUCUUGUUUCGUCCCCAUACUUUUACCUUAUAGUAGUAGCAACGGACUUACACAAGCUUUUAUUUUGUAUUAUCAGAGCAAAAUAUAAUUAUAGACUU